ACCCCGUUGUUUCCCUCUUGUGUGUGUGCGUCCAUGCAUGUGUGUAUGUGUGUGUGUGGUUCUGAAUGCCUGCCUGCAGACGAAAUAGAAGGUAAAGUCGAUUUUUUUUUAGCUCUUUAUGAAGCUUAUGAUAAAUCAGCUGUUCACGGAGGCAUCAGUUAACAAUGGCUCACCGUCUGUUUGAGGGCAAGAAGCAUGCAGCUUCUUACUUAAAGUACAGGGUCUCCCCAUCAGAACAUCUUAUACAACAGGUCCUUGGAUUCCUGGAAAAACGGAAAGCUCGUCCCUUCGAGCUGGCAGUGGAUGUGGGUUGUGGCUCGGGACAGGGCACUCGGCUGCUGGCCCACCACUUUGCUUCCGUGGUGGGGACAGAUGUGAGUCCUGCCCAGCUGGAUUUGGCUGUCCAGUAUGCCCUGGAGGCAAACAUCACAUAUAGAGAGUGUGCGGCUGAGGAGCUGCCGUUGGCUGACAGCUCAGUGGACCUGCUGACGGUUAUGACUGCGUUCCACUGGUUCGACAGGCCACGCUUUCUCCUGGAGGCCCACAGAGUCCUGAAGCCCCGCGGCUGCCUGGCUCUGCUCAGCUACACCAUGGACAUGGAGCUCAGCUACGACGGCUGCUGCUCGCAAGCACUCAACCAAGUCUGCAAAGAGUUUCAUGCAGCUUUAAAACUCUACCGCUACCCUCACAUUGGUCCCAGCACUAUUGAGUUGUACCGGGCGGCGUAUGAAUCCAUCCCUUACCCGGACAAGGAGUGGCAAGAGUGUGUGAGAGUGACAAAGGCCAUGCCUCUGUCCGGCUACAUGGGGAUGAUGGAGUCUUUCUCCAGCUAUCAGAUUCUGCUGAGAGCCGACCCGCAGAAGGCCGAGCAACUCUCCCAGGACAUCUGUCAAAAGCUGAAGUCUGUGAUGCAGGUGACCUCAGCAGAGGCAGAGGUGGUGGUGGCUGUGAAGUAUUACUACCUGCUGGCCUGUAAACCAGAGGAGGCCUGAGUCCGACACCUCUCACACUUUCAACACCGGCCAGCAAUGUCGUGGACACAGGAGAUCUAUGUGUGAGGUUGUUUUAUAAAAUACCACUAGAGGGUGACAUUCGAAUCAAGACUCCAUGUGUUUAUUGUCUCUGCUUUCACUGUCUAUGUUAAUUUUGUUGGGCAGUUUUUCAUGUGGCCUUCAUCCACUUUACAUAAUCUCAGAGACGUAUAUUCUCUUUAUUUGCAGACCACUGUAGUUUUAUUUGCCCUGACUCCUCCACAAUACUGAUUUUGCGUCGAAUCUUCAUUUGAUUUUAUCAGCAGUAAUUAAGAUUUCAAUGAUAGAGGUGAUGGGCCUCAUAGUGGGAUUCUUCUGCUGGAGACAGACACACAUUAGAAACUGGCAGAGAGGAGGCAUUAAGCCUUCUGUCUCAUUGCCUGACUCCACUUGACUGAUAAUGGUGUUCUGAGUGGACGAGUUUGUUUUCCUCCGUAUUUCUCUACACUGUGCCAGCAAGUUGUGCGUCCUCAGCUGUCAGUCACAUGUUCUCAGCUCGACUGAGCCACGUUCCACCUGAUGAAGAGCAGACUGGCGGCUGAGAGGCAGCAAGCGGAGGAGCUGAGGGAAGCUGCAGUGAAGCUGGAUCACCAGGGGACAUUCAAAGAGUCGGCUGAUGGCUGUGGGUCAAACACCUCUCACUGACUACACAUAAUAUUGAAUAUUAUUAAUAUCUCUUGAUACUUAACAAAAAAAUUGUAUUUCAACAUUUCAGUUCAAUAGUCAGACGACCUGAAUGGAAUUGUAAACAUUCAAACAAACAAAACACAAUGUACAUGACCCUGUUUGAGUUGAAUAUGAAUGUCGGGGCUUCCGGACACAUGGAGGCAUGUUGUGUUUUUUCUGUUGUUUGAUUACGUCUGAAUAAUGACUCACCUUUGACUUCUAUUGGAAUGAAUUCUGCUGCAACAAAGUUUACCCCUGAAACUCCAGAAGUGAUUUGUGGACUCAAACACUACACCCACUCCUCCAUCGGCAUAAUGGUGAGUAGAGAAGGAGGGUGACCUAUCCCUGAUACUAUAUACUGAUUCCUUAGAAAUAAGCAGCACGCACUCUUCAGUAUUUUUAACCUCUGCUCGCUCUCCGCUCAUAGUGCUGACGCUCACAUUCACAAAGCAUGUUUGAAUUGCAUCAGGGAUUUGUUGAAGUACACAGACAAUACCACUAGAGGGUGGUAUUUGAUCAAAAGUGAUGACAAGUCUAUGAUUAUUGCCACUGGUGCUUGG